AGAAAAUGUUUGUUUACGCUUUGGGCAGGAGGACGCAAACUUAAUUGUGCAAAAAUCCCGCUUUCUCGUAGUGUUAGUCGUUCCAUUUGCACUGCACGCUCCUCCACAGUAUGUCCGAGAGCCGCGAUAGCAACCGUUGUCGCAAAACGUCCAGCCCGUACACCAAGCAGGAUCUGAAGAAUGCCAUCAACCUGAUCGUAGAACGCGGUACCUCGAUUCGCCGUGCUGCAUUCGUGUGCAACGUUCCGCGCACCACCCUGUCCACCUACUUGAAGUCGCUGAAGCACGGCAAAAUCAGCAAGCUGUUACCGCAGGAAGAGCAAGCACUGUACCAGUGGAUGACGGACUGCUGCAAGCGCGGCUUCUCGAUAAAGCAGCGCAACGUGGAGACGGCAGCCGAAGCACUGGUGCAGAAGAACGUCCCGGCCCGGUCGCACCCCUUCCAGGACACGGAGUUUGGGCGGCGCUGCUACCAGAAGUUCGUCCGACGAUGGCUCUCGAUUGAUCGCGUCAAGGAGCGCAAGCAUCUCGGCACCAUCAUGGACUGGUAUCUGCACAUCGAAAGCUAUCUGAACGAGGCGAACCUGUUCGACAUCCUGAACCACCCGGCCCGCGUCUUCGUGUGCGACGAGCUGCGGUUCCGGGAGCGGGUCGAAAUGCAGGAAAGUGUGCGGUCGCCGCUGAAGAAGAUGACCAUGCUGUACACGUUUUCGGCGGCCGGCGAACAUUUGUCCCCGCUGCUCGUCUACCCGUACCGGCGCGACGUGCCGCCACACAUAGUCCAGGCGGCGCCGAAAAACUGCGCAAUCGUAGCGCACGAGUAUGGCCAGGUGACACCGAAAACGUUCGCCGCCUACCUGGACAAGGUGGUGGACAAGUUCGUGACGGCGAAGGGCAUCCCGAAGCCGGUGCUGAUGUUCGUGGACGAGUCGCAGGUCGACCUGACGCUGCACCUGCACAACACCUGCAAGCGGUUGGGCGUCGUGCUGAUCGGGCUGUCGGCGGCCCAGGUAGUGAAGCCGACCGGCAACACGUUCGGCGACAUCUGCACCGGAUGGGAGCAGGAGCUGCCGAAGUGGGAACGGGAAAAUGGGCGCGAGUUCACGCUUGCCGAAUGUGCCGGGCUGAUGCAGCAGAUUAACCAGCGCUACAUAAAGCCGGCGGUGUUGGUGAAAGAUUUUGCGGCCAGCAAUUUGUGCCCGUGGAAUCGGCCGAAGCGCGAUACGACGAUGGAUGGCGAUGGUACGGCCAUUGCCUACGACGACAUGAUGGAGGGACCGGACGAGGACGACGAGGACGACGAUAUAGAAAUAGAACACUUCCUGGAGAACGUUGACGGUUGGUCCGAUGGAGAGGAUGGGGAGGAUUUUGAGGACGAAGAUGAGUUCAUGGACGAAUUGAACGCGGAGGAAGAGGAGGAAGAAGAGGAGGAGCAGGACGGUAACACCAACAUCAACGCCAGUGAACAACCGGAGGAAGAGAAAAAGAAAAAGGAAAAGGAGUCCACACCGGCUGUGCAGCCAGCUGAAGAAAAGGUGAGCAUAACGACAGCACCCAAAACGAACCAACCGACAGCGCCCCCGACCGUUGGUGAUGUUGCCAAAUGCUCCAAAUCGAAGGAGGCGGCAAAUGGGGAAGCGAUCAGCGAUGGGAAAGAAAGCGCUGCAGCUGCAGCAACAGUGGCGCAGCAGGCGGCACUGAACGCAUCGGAGGAGGACGAUAACUACGAUGGGCCGCCGGACGACAUCGAUAUCAGUAUUAAUUUCAUCGACUUCAAACGUGCCAUCGGUAGUGAGCUGACGGAAAAGUUUGAACGUAAGCUAGAGAUCGAAAACCGUCUACCGCUGGCAAACCACGCCGAAAACGUGCUGUUCGACAUCUAUCGCCAGUUCCGGUGCGACAUUGUCACCGACAGUGACGAUGAUUACGACGUCGUAGAGGUGGGGGAUGAAUGAGGAAGUCACUGAUGCGGCCAUUGAUUGGUUAGGGAUUGUAGGGCCCGCGAUAAGAUAAGAUUAAGCUAGUUUUUGCCAUAUUGUACGUUUCUUUUUUUUACCUUUUAGAAUGUAUGUAACGGCCCAGUCUGAUAGUAUGUAGAGCUGUAACUCUCGAUGCAUUCCCUUUUAUUCGGUUUUACGCGCGCGACCAUUCAAAGUGCACGCACUGCACAAACCCAACACCAAAGCUACUGGUGAAUCAUUUUGUAUUCCUAUUCGCUAACCUCCCAAAGAAAGCAACAAAAUAAACGCUCUAGCUGUUUAUAGCUUAAU